AAAGUUAGUCCUGUCAUGUCUGAAAAUCAAUAUGAUAUUUUUCUUGUGUUAUUUUUCGCUUAUUCGUGAUAAAAUUUUGUUUUCAAGCUAGAUUUAAAAAUGAGUGUGGCAAAAAAGAUUUCGUUAUGUAAGCUAUUUAUUUUGAAUAGUAUGUAUACAUCUGACAUUGUCGUAUUUGAAUCAUCGUAAAACUAAUUAACGCCUAAUGGGUGCUACUUUUUGUUCGUGAUGUUCAUGUAAAUAAUGUGAAUAAUAAAGUACAUCAAAGUAAAAUUUUAACUGAUAUUAUGUACAGAAAUAUUCUAAAUUACGUAAUAAGCCGCGCAUAGUUUAGUGUAUAUAGAAAACGAUGAGGUUUCAUAGAAGGUGCGGCGACCGGGUCACACUAUUGAAUGAAAACUCUACAGCUGUUAGAAAUUUUGUAGAAUUUAACCAUGGCUUGAUAUUAAGUUCGGAACCGUUGAAGGAUGAUGUUAUAUUUGAAGUUACUGUUGAUAGAAAGGUGAAUGUUUGGAAUGGCAGCCUGGAAAUAGGUGUUACAACAUUGGACCCUGAGUUUAUGGAAUUACCUGCUACGGCAACAAAACUCAGGAAUACAGCAUGGAUUAUGUCAGGCAGUUCCAUUGUGAAGGAUGGUGUCACUUUGGUCAAUUCAUAUGGACCAGAGCUGGACACUUUGCGGGAGGGCGACUGCAUUGGUGUUAUGAGAACUAGUAAGGGCGAAUUGACAUUUUAUCUCAAUGGUCGCUGUUUGGGAAUAGCGGCAAGAGAUCUUCCUUCAAGGUUAUUUGCUGUAAUUGAUUUGUACGGACAGUGCGUCCAGGUGUCUAUAUUGCGGUCAAAUGAGAUAAGACCAAUCAUGGAUAGUAGUAUUGAACAGAUUGAAGAGGAUCCCAACAACGAUGAUACUCUUACGUCUAGUGAAAUGGAUGUUGCCGGUCUUCCACCCGAGUCUAGCCAAUACCCAAAAGAACCUCAUACUGUUUACAUUCCGAUGCCUUCCGAAGGUGCAUGUGCCCUUGUGCCACAUGACCGAUUGCGGUUUCAUCCGAGAUGUGGAAUCUUAGUGAAACUGUCAAGUAAUAACAAGACUGCGGAACGAGCUCGUCCUCUUGACGACUACAACAAUGGUGUGGUGAUGACGCACCGUCCACUCUAUGACAACGAACUGUUUGAGAUACGUAUAGAUAGGCUCGUUGACAAAUGGAGUGGAAGUAUCGAGGUCGGUGUGACUACACACAACCCAGCUACGAUACGUUUCCCGUCCACUAUGACCAACAUGGACACUGGAACUAUAAUGAUGUCGGGAUGCAAGGUGCUUCUCAACGGCCACGGCACUUGCAUGGAGUAUGGCAACUUUAAUCUCGACGAACUAAGAGAAGGUGACACCGUUGGUAUGAUGAGAAAAAGCAAUGGAAAAUUGCACUAUUUCAUCAAUGGUAUCGACCAGGGUGUUGCUACUGAUAAAGUAGACCAACAAGUUUGGGGGGUGGUAGAUCUAUAUGGAAUGACUGUCAAAGUAUCCAUUGUAGAUCCCUGCGAAGAUUUGGAUAGUAACAUCAACAAUCCACCUCUCAUGCUCGCUUCGCCUGAAAUUCCUGCUCCGAGCAAUUUUAGACCACCAAUAGACGAAGAGAGCCUUUUAUUUCAUACGCUGCGUGAUUCGAAUGUUAUUAUUAUUAACGAUGGUAAGACUGCUCAUAGGCCUAAUGCUUUCAAGUACUUCAACAACGGAAUCGUAAUGACCAACCGUACCUUAAAAACUAACGAACUUUUCCAAGUACGUCUCGACCUUGUCAUCCCGAAGUGGGCUGGAAGCAUUGAAAUUGGAGUCACGCAGCAUUCUUCUAAUGAUAUAAAAUUCCCUUUUAAAAUGAGCAAUGCCAAAUCCGGCACGUGGGCUGUGACCGGAGAAGACGUAAUUCGAGACGGUACAAUUAUUAUUCCACAGUAUGUGAGAAACCUCAAUAAACUUGUGGAAGGAGACACUGUAGGAGUGAUGCGUAAGGAGUUGGGCAUCCUCCAUUUUUUUGUCAAUGGUGUGGAUCAGGGACCGGCUGCGUUCAAUGUCCCUGAACAUGUAUUUGGCAUAGUAGAUUUGUAUGGUCGCGCAGCACAAGCGACAAUCGUGGACGAAUACACGCCACCGCCAAUAUAUUCUCCCGAAUCACCACUGUCUUCUGAGUCUAAUGCUACAAUAUUCCCUGAAAUGUGCUUCCACCGCGUGCACGGCCGCAACGCGCGUCUGAGCCGCAACCGUCUGACGGCCUGGCGCGCCACCGUCUACUCCGAGUUCAAUGACGCCGUGUUGUUUAGCUCACGACCUCUUCGCGAGUGCGACAUGUUUGAACUUCGUAUUGAUAAAAUGGUAGAUUGCUGGAUUGGGAGCCUUGAAAUUGGUGUGACGGCAAUACGUCCUGAUGAUUUGGAAGCCAGCGGCGGUGUCGGUGCGAUUGCGGGAACUGCUACCGACCUGAACUGGGACACUUAUAUCCUCAGUGGAGCAGCUAUGAUGAAGGAUGGGGAGUGCGUGCGAAGUGGAUACCCACUAGACUUGGAUACUCUCACUGUUGGUAGUCGUGUUGGUAUGAUGUGGCACGCUGACCGGAGUCUGCAUUACUAUCUGGACGGUAUGGAUAUGGGCAAGGCUUGGUAUGUGCCCCAUCUUAACAUUUACGCCGUCGUCGACUUGUACGGCCAGUGCACCCAGGUGACAAUAUUGCAAAAUGAAGAGCGCGUGUUUAACUACAAUGGGUGCACUAAUUCGGAUAAUUCUAUGCUGAGUAACUCCAGGGCUAUGUCGUCGCCACCACCACCGUACUGGAGCUUUUCCGAGUAUGCUGGUGAUAAUGUAUGUCUGCUGCACGACUACACAGUCGCUCGACGACUGACGUCUGAUCCCACGGCGGCGCUCGUGUUCAGUUCCGCUCACCUUGCUUUGGGGGAAUUAUUCGAGGUGAAGAUAUUAGAGUGUAAACACUCAUAUGCUGGUAGCUUCCGUAUUGGGAUCACAGAUAUCAAUAUCUUGAAUGCCCACGUGAACCGCAGCCUGCCACCCAGCGUCGCCUGCCUGCCUCACUUCACCGCGUACAUUGAUGGGCGCUUCAUGAAAUACUCUUACCCGAAUACCCGAAAGCAAGAGAUAUACUCGUUUGUCCCGUCGUUCGAGUGGCUGCGUCCCGGAGAUAGAAUCGGUCUCAAGAAAAUCAACGACUCGCGCGUUAUCGUCUUCUACAAUUCUGAACCGCUCGACACUUGCUUCGAGAGAGUUCCCGACAAAGUGUACGUGGUCAUUGAAUUGUAUGGUCACGUCACCAAGAUACAAGCAGUCUCCCAGGGCGUUCUCGGGGCUGGACUGAAUCAAACAACGAUUCCUAACGACGGCGAGGACUUCUCGAAGCAUAUCGCGACGCCAUUGAAUUUAGGCCAUUUAAGCAGUGACAAUACAGACGAGGUCUUUGAUAUUCACGGAUCGUUAGCGGGUGCCGGGUGCCCACUGGUGGGUAUUCGGCCACGGACUUCUGAUCGCACGUUUGACUCAGCUGACGAUCCCGGUGAAGACACAACAAGCGACGAUAGUGUUGGUGACGAUCUAGCAGAGGACGAAGCGUCUGCCACUGAAGACGACAUAAUGGGUCGCAAGAACAAAGCUCCCAUACUAAAGGGCAAGUACGCCAAGCUUGCUGCACAGGCUGCUCAAGCUGCUGCUGAAGCGCAAGCUGCUGCUCGGGCUGAGGCUAGAGCUGCCGCCCAGGCUCAUGCUCAUGGUAAAGGCAAAGGAAAAGGAAAGCGUGGGAAGACUUCCUCUCCCCCGAAGGAGGUGCCGGCUGCGUCAACUUCUGCUGAGCCGUCGACUCCUGGUGCUGUGGCAGAUGUAGCUGCUCCUGUAACUGCCACAUCCUGCUCUGGCUCUGGGUCGGGUUCAGGUGCUGAAGCCGAAGAAGGAGGCAACCAAGAUGAUGAGCCGCCCGCUGGUCCGUCCACUGAACCACCGUUUGAUCUCUCGGAACCACUGUGUGAUCCAUCCGCCGAGCCAGUCCCCGAGCCAGUCCCCGAGCUCGAACCCGAGCCGAGUCCAAGCCGCAACAACCUGCCUUACACGUUCUUCAAUAUACACGGCGUCAACAUCAAACUCUGCAGCUCAGAUACUGUGGCAAUGCGUUACCAAGGUUACAAAGAAGGCUUGGCAGUUGUUAGCCAGCCACUGCGCCGCGGACACAAUUUUAGGUUCCGUGUGGACAAGAUGUGUGAUGAAUGGGUAGGCACCAUAUCCAUUGGUGCAGUGGGCACGCUUCCAUCCGAGCCUAUCAGGAACGGCAUCCCCAUGGAGACACCCUGCUGGAUGCUAUCCAGCGAAAUGAUCAAUGACAACGGGACAUUCUACCACUCAUUGAUUGGGAUGGUGUUAGAAGAUCUGACGGAGCAGUCGGUCCUCACUCUGCACUUCCGCUUCACCAGUGAGCUGGUACUGCAGGUGAAUGGGAAACUGAUUGGCUGCAUAGCUACCAUUCCGCGCAGGUUCAGCCAGAUAUACCCGGCUGUCGACUUGUAUGGCACGAUUUGUCAGGUGUCGGUGUUACUGCAUCCUUACGUUAUUACAAGCGGAGCGUCGCUCGACUUGCCAGUCAUCAGCGAAUUUCAAGAAGAGACGUUUGAUGGUCUGUCAGACGAUGAAGCUGAAGCGGUAAGCGAAGGGCAAACGGAAAGAAAGCGUAAAAAGAAAGCCUACAGUCAAGACAAUCUGAUCAAUGAUGAAGAUAUGCAUUGGGAGCCUCCGUACAUGCCCGCCGGUCCCAGCCAUGGGCUUAGCUUCACGCCCUACCGUGUGCCAACUCCUCUUCCUUACCGCACACCGAGUCCAUAUCCGAAAGCAGGAGCGAAGCCGUUAGAGAGCCCAGAGCCAAUCCCUGUUGUUGUUAUUAAGAAAAAGUAUAAAAAGAGUAAAAACAAAGAUGCUAGAGUUCGGGCCGUUCUAGCUGAAGCCCCAAUGUACACAAGCCUUAAUUUACCACUCUAUCAAAUUGCUGAUAAUAACGAGAUGGUGAAUCGCUGCAUUAAAAAGAGCCACUCGACGCACAACUUUUCCAUAUCUAGCGAUGACCAGGAGUCUUGUAGUUCUCUCCGGCACACGAGCAGUAUGGGAUCACAAGCUGACGAUGACAGGGAACUACGCCGUCGCGGGGACAUGUACCGGCCAGCUGUCGCUACAUUCUUAGACACCAACAUACGUCACAAUGAUCGUUACCCAGAAGUGAGUGAUGUCGACAACUUGGACAAUGAAAUUGUGGACGCUCUUACUAUGGAGACUGGGAACUUGCCCGAUCUGACUGAAGAACAGUCUUCGUCCUUUGAAAAUUCGCGUCGUGAUGAUUAUUGGGCAGAUGCUUUGCCGGUGGAGUACAUGCGCUACCUCAAUCGCAUCAUGUGCUUGGAUCAAGACGGGGCCGCUUGUCAGAGCCUGGAGUCUGAGUGGGAAGCUUCUGGGCAAGGUUGCGAGCACCUCCAUCUCGUGCUCAAGUACUGGAACCAUCUUGUGGUGCCGCACCCGGAACUGCGCCAAGCAGUGUCCUGGGGACAGGUGCGCUGCUACUGUGCCAACUGCUUUCCUGAUGAUAGAUCACCAUUCGCUGGCUGGGUCCGUAUCGAACGUAUUGACGGCGUUGGCGCGGCGCAGCGUGGAUUCUGGCACGUGGUGCGGCACACACUGUCCGCUGCGCAAGCCGACGGCAUGGACCGCGGGCCCGUGCGCCGGCCCAGGGGACUGUACUCUGAACCCGUUUGCACGCUACCGUUCCAUGACGUAUGGAUGGACGAUGAGGGAAAGCCGCAUCACAGCUUGCUGUGUAUAGAGAUUGAUAUCGAGGGCUCGAACGACGAAAACGAUCGUCUGCUGGCGUUUUUGAUCUACUUGCGGCCACAAUUAACUUUUCCUGAUGACUACUCAGAAUAAGCGUCUUUGCAUAAUUGUACUCUAACAUGUCAUCCUAUGUAUUCUUUGAAUGCACCGUGAAUGUACUUAUAAUAGAGGUAAACAUAUUCUAUCAUGUCCGAGAUACAGGGGUACACAUCACGGUGCGAUUUUUUCAAAUUGAUAUUGAAUAUGUUAUAUAUUAUGGGACGCAAGAGGUUGUCGUUUAAGUAUUAUUAAUAGUAUUUUAUUGUAGACCUGUGCCGUUUGAAAGGCAUUUUCGUUACAGUGUUUUUUGAUCUUCAGGUUGAGUGUAUGGAGUACUAUACCUUGUGCGCUGUAGCAUGGUGCGGCUGACAGAUGCCUGUAUGACAUUGACGUCUCUCUUUAGGGAUGGACAUUAGAAAAAUCUUUUUUUAUCGCUAUCGAUACUCGCAGCAUACAUUUAAUUCUCUUUAAUUUUUUUAUUAAAUGUGUGUGUUAUUUAGUUGUGCAGUGUAACUACGUGUAUAUACUUGUCAAAAUAAAUAUUUUAUGACCGAGCCCUGAGGUGUUUUAGACUUUCAGUUUUACAGAACUGUGAAGAAUAUAUGUGUAUAUUAGUUUGUAUAUGUUACUAAAGCAACCACGAUCUUUCACAUUAUGUACCACCACGCAUUAUCAAAGGCGCCGGAAAUAUCUACUACAUAUUUGUGCUCAGAUAAAGUCACUGUGGUUCGGACAGAGAGAGCCGUGUCUACAGUAGAUUUACCCACAUAAUUAUACUUCAGCCGUUCAGAGAAUGCGUUCCUGACACCUAUCAGUUAGUCACGAGUAGUGAUGGGCACAACAUAACACUGAGUUCGUUACCGUUCCUCCAAAAUGAACCGCCGCAUUAUUUUAAGAUUAUUUUCGUUUUAAAUUCGGCGGAAUCAUUUAAAAUUUAUAUUUUAGUUAUUUAAGUGGAGAUCAAAAAUAUAUAAUAAAAUUGUUAUUGUGUGUUGUAAAUUCAUAUUAUAAAAUUAUUCUUUGUUACAAAGUUACAAUCUGUAUUUCUAUGCAAUAAAGUAAGUACAUUGAAUUGAAUGUGCGUACAGAAUAUUAAUCAGACUCCGAUCCGAUCCGAUCCGAUUCCUGUAUAAGAACAGAUUACGAUACUUGCCUGUUUUUUUUAGCACAGCACUACAAAAUAUAAAGCGCUGACAUAACCUUGUAAUAGCGCAGUAUAGAUUUAGAAAAAUAUUGUUUACCAAGUUAUUUGACACUCAGUUUGGCACAAAAUUAUAACAUUCAUUUAAAAUACUAAGGCAUAAUUUUUAAAUCGCAGCAAUUUUCAAGAGUGAUACGAAACGUUACUGAAUCUGUCAGCCGCACCAUGUUACAGCGCACAAGGUAUAAAAGUAAUCAUGAUAGAGUGGUCGUUUAAAUGUCACCGAAACUGAAAUAAAGUCGUAGUUUAAUUUUAAUAAAUUCUAAAUAAAUUUUAUGUUAAUUAUUGAAUAAAUCUCAUGCAAUUAAAUAUAUUAAUAUUUUACAACGUGACAUUUAGGGGCCAUUACUCAAUUUAUUACCGAUUAGUCAUGGACCUAAGUGAAGGGAAUGUGUGAAUGUGAAGGAUCGUUGAGUGUGGCGCGAAUCAGCUUUCCACUUACUAGUAUUAUGACCCGUUUCACAUACUCCUUAUAGCCACUACGUACCACUACCUAUCGGGAACUUGUAUGGGAGUAGUGAAACUGGCCUUUAGUGUAACAGAGGAGCGUGUGUUAUUGUGGUGCUCGUAGGCGAUAGGACUAGCCGCUUAUGCUAUGGAUAGAUAGAAACUGUUUGCUCGCUAAUGUUGACGGUAAGAUGGCUUUGUGAGCGAAGCAUUGAGGUUAUACAUGAUACGGUGAUCGUAAUUCAGUAUACAUCUGUCUAAUGGCACUGUUGUUCACUUUGUACUACAUACAUAAUGAUGAAUAAUCAAAAUAAAGUCAAUUUUAAGUAACGUUCAUAAGUUACACACUUAGACCGCUUUCUUACCAUCGUAUCUUGUAUAAACUCCUUGCACCGGUUACGUGCGGAGCUCGGUAGGUAAGAGCGAGAGCUGUUGUGAGAAAUUUGAAAUUGUAACGAGAACAAAGUUCUAAAAGUAUUGUUGGUAGAUAUGACAAUAAAUUUGCUAACACCCAUUUUUAUGACUGAUUCAUAAUAAAGUUGUUGGGGAGGCUUUUGCGAUCAAUUUCAAUUAAAAUAUUUAGUGCGGUGUAACUGCAAUUUCAACAGUUGGUUCAACAUUUGAACUGUACUGGCGUGGCGCGUGGUUCAGUGAACGGGGUGUGAAGUCUAUGUGCACUGUAGGAUCAAAAGACACUGUACACUUUACUACUAGUCACUUUAUAUUGUACUCCACAGUCUAAUUGAUAUAAUAGCAGCCUUAAGCACACUUUUGUGAUCUCAGAUACUCUUACAUUUUGUUAUAUUUUAUUUGCGCAAUAUUACUUUACGUUUAUGGAAGUAUUGGUUUAGUUCAGUUUAGAUUGUAAUCUGUUGUAAGGAUGCAUUCACAGUAGAGUUAGGAAGCGAUGGGAACACAUUAGCUUUCGGUGCUGUUUAUAGACGAGUGACGUAUGUAUCGAUGUGUGAUAGUGAAGCGAUGAGACUGACCAACUGUGGCUGAACCCUUAUUUUACUAUGUUCCGAGCAGUCAGCACGAUUCUUUGUAAACAGUAUGUUAUGUACUGUUACAAAUAUUAUUUUAUUGUAUUUGGAAAUGCUUUAAAGAUCUUUUACAUUUAAAGUACGAUAUUUAUUUUAUUUUGCAGCUACAAUGCAGCUAUUUUAAGAUAAUACUAUUAUAUGUCUACGUAUUCAUAGAAGAUAGAGGCGACUAUUCGCACAAUCGUUUAAUGUAAUGAUGACAUUUUAAACUUUGAGUAGCGGUAUACAUUAUCCGAUAGAUGUUAGUAUAUAUGUCAUAGUGCUGUCGAUGCAUGUGGAAAGUGCAUGUUACAUAUAUAAUGAUACUGAAUGUUGGUUUAAUUGUCGGAAACAAUACAUGUGUAGAAUUCAUUGAAAAUGUGAAAAUUUCUGUGUGUAAAAUGGUGAAAUAAAUGAUUAUCAUAAUCUAAAA